CCUCUUCGUACGACCACUCUCUCUCUCCCUCUUCCUGUUACAAAAAAAACCUAAAUCCCCAUUUGCAGACACCAGCUGAUUCCUCUCUGAAUCUCUCUCUCUCUCUCUCUAACCCUUUCUCUUUCUCUCUCCUGUCUUUCUCUCUCUUCCUCCCUCCCUAUCUCUAUCUGGCUUUGGGGUAGCAGCGGCUUCCGACCUCCCGACAUUGGCGAUGCGGUGAUCUCCGCCCCCGUCCAGCCAUGUGACCAUGUCCAAGAAGAAGAUUGACUUUGUGGGCUCAUGGAUAUUUGAUGACAAUGUCAAUGGUAGCUCCGAUGAAUUUCUUGACAAUGUCCUCAAACAAAUUGAUUUCCCAUUGGAAGAUGUAGAAGGUAAUAUUCUCUCAGAUGACUGGGAUGCUAGCUUCCAACUCCUUGAACUGCCAUCUUCGGAUGUUUUGGAAGGAUUUCCAUCUAGUUAUUGUGGGAAAAAAUGCGAAGACAUUUCUGCACCGGACAGAAGCCUUUCAAGGAAUGAGGAUAAAGCUAAAGUAAAAGCAUCGCCCAGCUAUACUGAGACAAACUCAAACAGAAGUAUUUGCCACCAUCAGACUUCUAAUGACAAAGAUUCUAGCCUCGAGAACAGCAGCUCUGGUUCAAUUGAGAACUCGCUUCUCUUCAGCUCCAAAUCUUUAAUCCCUGUAAAGCGUCCUCGGAGCAAGCGGUUACGCCCACAGACGCCAAAGACUAGGUUCAACUUUCCUUUUGCUUCCUCUGCUAGCAGUGCUUCUGGUAUAUACCAUCCUUUGGCAGCUUCCAGGUCAUCCUCAGAAGGCCGCCAUACUAAAAAAAGUUCCGGCAAAAGAAAGGGGAAGGAAAAGAAUUUACAUUUGCUCUCUGGAGCAGAAGAGAUGAACUCAGCUUCACAAAAUCCGAGUGCAACCAGGAAAUGCAUGCAUUGCGAGGUCACUAAGACCCCACAAUGGAGAGAAGGGCCAAUGGGGCCCAAGACCCUUUGCAAUGCAUGUGGGGUUCGUUACAGGUCCGGUCGCCUCUUCCCGGAGUACCGUCCAGCAGCAAGUCCGACAUUCAUCUCGUCAUUGCAUUCUAAUUCUCAUAGGAAGGUAAUUGAAAUGAGGAAGAAUGGAAAUCAUGAGUCUGGGUUUGCAUCCAUGAACAACUUGAGGCACCCUCAGGUUAGAAUGUCUGAUGGGGUGUACCUGUUUGAUUCGAUUUGGACUGGAAAGGAGAACAGUUUUUCUUGAGUUUAGGUGGAUCUUGUUUUGUUCUCCAAUUCCUUGGUUCUUUAUAUUCAGGCUAAUUGGUUUUUCUGUAGAUGGAUGCAAUAAGUAGGAUGAGGUAAUAGUACUGAUUUAGGGAGAUGGGAAGGGUUGCGCUUAGUCUGUGAAGUCGUGAAACUUUUAA